AUGAACCCUGAGUUCAUUGGUAGAGUUUUGGAGAAGAUAGCCUCCAGAGCGACAACAUUCUCCACGGACGAGGACGAUCAACUCAGCUUCUGGAAACAUCCCAUAUACUGGUGUAUUUUGAAGAUUGAUAUGAAGCCACAAUCUUUGGACAUUGAGAACCAAACUAUUCUAGGCAAGCAAUCUAUAUAUGUUCGCAUGGUGUUUGCAUUUAAUAGGUUUCAUGAAAAGAAAUUGAUUCGUGAGAAAGCGCUGGAGCUUGCCAUUAUAGCAGCAGCUGAAUCAGGAAAUAAUGAUGUUGUAGAAGAAAUUGUAAGGACACUUCCUGUUGCAAUUCAUACUAGGAAUUAUUUGAAUCAGAACUUUCUCCAUGUGGCCGUCAAGAACCGUUGUGAGAAAGGGUUUAAUCUCAUAUAUCGUACGAGCAACUACAGAAUCAACUAUUCACAAGAAAUCGACAAUUCUUGUAAUUCAAUCCUUCACUUGGCCGCACGUUUGGCACCUCCUAUCAAGCUCAAUUUAGUAGGAUAUGAUAUAGAAAUGAAGCUUGUAAAUUUCUUAAUCCAUUUACCAGGCUACAUCCAAAUAAGAAAUGGUGAAGCAGCUGAGAUGAUAUUUACUAGAGAACAUAGAGAGCUGAAAAUAGAAGGGGAGAAAUGGAUGAAAGAUACGGCUAACUCAUGUACCAUUACUGCAGCAUUGAUUGCUACAGUUGUGUUCGCUGCCGCUAUCACGGUUCCUGGCGGCAACCAAUCAGAGUCUGGUUAUCCGAUGCUCUACAAGUCAAGCGCAUUCACAAUAUUUGCAAUUUCAGAUGCAGUUUCGCUCUUCACCUCGUGUUAUGUAGAGCAAGACUUUCUGUAUGCACUGCCCAAGCGACUUUGCAUUGGUCUGCUUACCCUUUUCCUGUCCUUCUUGUUCAUGAUGGUUGCCUUUAGUCCGACGUUGUAUCUAGUGUUUGGGCAGAAAAAGGCAUGGAUUCUAUUGCUGGUGGGUGCACUUACAUGUCUUCCCAUUUCUUCAUUCGUGUUGUUGCAGUUUCAACUUCUCAGAGAUGUCAUUUCUACCACUUUUGGUCGUCGAAUUUUCGGCAAACAGAGUGAUCGUCCAUUUCACUAA